GUUAUUCACCUUGUCUAAAACUUUUUCUAUGCACUAUAUUAACAAAAUCUGUGGUAAUGAUGUAUUUAGUUCAGAAGUUCAUCAUGCAGUUCAAAAAAGACAUGAUUAUAGAGAAGUUUUUAAUCUUGCUCAAAAGACAGUUAGGUCUGCAAUUAAAAAAAGUAGAGAUUCUUUUCGUCAUCUUAAGAGAAGCCUUAAUAAUUGGUUUGCUGAAGAACAGAAACUUUUUUAUACAAAUAAUGACGAAAUAGAAAAUUUUAAUCCUGAUCAAGUUCAAAAUUUAAUUAAACGACGACAAAAAGAAUAA